UGGCUCUGGUACGUGGCAGCACGCAGGCGCCGAGUUACCGGCUUCAGACCUGAGGAGCAGCGUUACUGUCGGAGGAGCCGCAGUCUGAAGAACCGAGCUACCGACCUCCACCUACAGCCACUGCCUGACUCACCAUGGGGCUGACCAUUUCCUCACUGUUUGGGAGGCUUUUCGGAAAGAAGCAGAUGAGAAUACUGAUGGUGGGUUUGGAUGCAGCAGGUAAAACCACCAUUCUCUACAAGUUGAAGCUUGGGGAAAUUGUGACAACAAUUCCUACCAUAGGUUUUAAUGUGGAGACUGUAGAGUAUAAGAACAUCUGCUUCACUGUUUGGGAUGUCGGUGGUCAGGAUAAAAUUCGCCCACUGUGGAGACACUACUUUCAAAACACUCAGGGCCUGAUCUUCGUAGUGGACAGUAAUGACCGAGAGAGAGUAGCUGAGUCGGCUGAGGAGCUUGCUAAAAUGCUGCAAGAAGAUGAGCUGAGGGAUGCUGUGCUGCUUGUGUUUGCAAACAAACAGGAUCUGCCUAAUGCCAUGGCAGUGAGCGAACUUACAGACAAACUGGGGCUGCAGAGUCUGCGAAGCAGAACGUGGUAUGUUCAGGCUACCUGCGCUACACAAGGCACCGGGCUGUAUGAAGGACUAGACUGGUUAUCCAAUGAGCUGUCCAAACGCUAGUGCCUGUGAACAGAAGAUAAAAGGGGUGACUGAAUUUGAGGAAGAAAGAUAACAUUAAUCUAUAGACUCUGUUCUAAAGAGUGUGUGUGAGUGUGGGUGGAUGAAUGAGUGAGUGUUGGGGCUGAUGGGUGAUGAGGAGCCAACCGUUAUCAUGUCUUAUCUUUACUUUUCUAUUCUUUAUUCUGGCUCUGUUCUUACUUUUCUUUUGAGACACAUUGUUUUAUAUGGAUUAUGCUUUAAAUUGCAUGUUCACUUAAUAACUGUGACAGCAUUAUGGAAGCAGCAGGGCUUCAGAAUGGAAAUACUCUGAAGAAAGGACCUUUCCCUACACCAGCGUUGGGCAGUUGUAGUCCUGGAGGCCCGGAUUCCUUUACAGUUUUGUGCUUUUCCUGCUUGAGCAGACCUGAUUCAACUCACCUGUUAAUUGCCAGGUUUACUAGAUCUAUUAAAGCAGGGAAAUCAGCAAGCAGUGUUGUACUCUGUCGCCCACCCCUGCCUUAGAUGGUUCUUUAUAAAUAAAACUGAGCCACCUAAGCCCCAUCUGAGAUUCCACAGAUUUGUGCUUCAUGUGCUAACUUACUGCUUGUUGUACAACUUUGUUUCCUACAGACAUUAAAAUAUUACAUUAAACAAUGUUGUAAUUUAGUCUCUCUCUCUCAGCUACUUCACUCUGAGGCAGACUCAUUCAGCCUUAACUCUGCAAAUGUUCUUGAUAUACCUGCAUUACAUAUUUUCUGAUAUUUACAGUGAUAAAUCAUGCACUCAGGAUUUUAAGGAAGCUACCCAUUACUGUUUAACCGGAACUAGCCCCCUCAUCUAAGUCAAUGUUGGAUCCAGAGCUACAGUCAUACAGGGUAGAAAACUGGAAACAUAACUAGUGAGGAACAGGCACCAAAUGUUUGACCAGGAAAGAGAUGGAAGCACCUUCUUUACAUAUUUAUUGCAGCAUGCUCCUGCCUUCCACUGUUGCCUGUAUAGGUAUUUGGCUGUGAAUCUCACACAGUGCAAUAAGGUUCCUCUUACCUGUGGUUUACUCUCUUUCUGAAGUGGUGCACAUUUGAGCAAACAGAAAGGUGACAAAUAUAGUCACAAACAUUACUGAAGAGGGACAGGCAAUGGAAAUGCAAUAAUAACAGUGUGUGUGAUGUGUUAUUGUCUUGUUUUCUCAUUGUGUUUGAUUCAAAUGCUAGCUCAAUACUGGAAAAUGCCCUGUGUUUUAUAUGUGUUGUAUGAAGUUUCACUUGCCCUGCUUUUCUUAAAUAAAAGUUUCCUGAAGAUUACAAAUA